UGUGACGGUUGUUAGGUGCAUUUGUGUGUCUGAGGAACAUUUUGACCGUCUUCAAAGUCAGUCAGUGUUGGAGAAUAUCGACAACACUUGUUAUCUGCUUAGCUUUUCCACCAGCUACUUGGUCUCUGGCUGGUGAUUGUGGCUUGUCUUGGUGCUCAUAGCUCCUUGUGAUAAGCUCUCAAGAUGAGCGACAACGGUGCUGCUGACAAGGCGGGAGAGAAUGGAGGCGAGAACAGGAGAAUUCCUCCUCCCCCAUCGCCGAUCAGGCAGUCUAAAUAUUCUAGCCCUCGCCUGAGAGUGCUGGUAACCGGAGGUGCGGGAUUCAUUGGAUCGCACCUUGUCGACAGGCUUAUGCAAGCAGGCCAUGAGGUUAUCGUGGCCGACAACUUCUUCACCGGGACUAAGGACAACAUCCGGCAGUGGAUCGGCCACCCAAACUUUGAAAUUAUUCGCCAUGAUGUCACGGAGACCCUUCUGGUGGAGGUGGAUCAGAUCUACCAUCUGGCGUGUCCCGCUUCGCCGAUCUUCUACAAGUAUAAUCCGGUGAAGACCAUUAAGACCAACGUGAUGGGUACACUGAACAUGCUCGGACUGGCGAAGCGAGUGGGAGCAAGGAUUCUCCUGACGUCAACGUCAGAGGUAUACGGCGAUCCCCUGGAGCACCCGCAGAAGGAGACCUACUGGGGCAACGUCAACCCCAUCGGCGUGCGGAGCUGCUACGACGAGGGCAAGCGAGUGGCGGAGACGCUCAUGUUUGACUACCACCGGCAACACGGCGUCGAGAUCCGAGUGGCGCGCAUCUUCAACACCUACGGCCCUCGCAUGAACAUUGACGAUGGCCGCGUGGUCAGCAACUUCAUCGCCCAGGCCUUCAGGGGAGAGGAACUCACAGUGCAGGCUCCAGGCUCCCAGACCCGUAGCUUCUGCUACGUCGCUGACAUGGUGGACGGUCUGAUCAAGCUCAUGGAGGGCCCUGUGACCGGCCCCAUCAACCUGGGGAACCCUGGUGAGUUCACCAUGCUAGAGCUGGCAGCUGCAGUCAAAGAGCUGAUUGAGCCAUCUGCCUCGUGGAAGAUUGUGGAGAACACCCCUGACGAUCCGCGCCAGCGCAAGCCAGACAUCACCAAGGCCAAGGAGAUCCUUGGAUGGGAGCCCAGAGUGACCCUGCGAGAAGGCCUGCCCUUGAUGGCUGAGGACUUCCGCCAGCGGCUCAACGUCACCUAAAAACAUCUCACUAAGCCAUUAUGGUGUAUUCUCCCAAGUGACUAGCCCCAAUGAAGACUUGACCCGUGAUAACAUAUUCUUUCUAUGCGUAUUCUCUCUAAUGCCAGCUGAGGGAUAGAAAUUGUCGGUUUUAGCGAAGGUUGGAACGUGAUGAAAUUUGGCCUAUAUUGGAAUAUAUUUAACUAUGGCUGGAUUUAAAUGAAUCUGGUUCAUGCAU